CGGGUGCGCGCGCGCUGUCAGUGGCCCGCAAGUCGCCGCGACGCGCGCUCCGCUCUCCGAGCCGCUCUACUCACGCCGCCGCACCCGACUCAUUUUCCGAACGCAUUCAGUAUUUAUAUUUACAUCGCACACAUAAUAAUAUUUCGCACAUUUAAAAUACCGAUUUAUUAAUGAAAAAUAAAUACGACAUUUUAAGAAAUAUAUUUUUACUCUCCGGGAAUCGUAUUUCAAAUUAUCAAACACGUGUUUUAUAUAUAGUUGGCGCGAAUUGAACUCGGUGUCGACUGUCCACGUUUUUCACCACGAGUGAAUAAAUAAUUAGCGAACGAGACUCACUCACUCAAUCACUCGCCACGAGCAAUUUCACUUUUUACCGGCGAGAAUCGUCUCGCUAAUCUCGUCUACGAGGCGUCUGCAUUCGACGCACGGAAAUGCAUAGCUGAUUUGUGUACUUUAUGAUGAUAUCACACCAGUGCAGGAGACGAAUAAUGUAUUCGUUAAUAUCCAACUACAAGCACAAAGGUUCAUAAAUGUUACAUCGAAUGUUAUUGCAAGAGAACUCAUCGAUCCGCUAGUGGCUUGAGCCUGCAUAGUGACUUUGUAAAAGCCUAGUCGUACGGCUAAAGCGCGGACUGUGAUAUGUGUGCGAGUGACUACGUCAAAAUGGAAGUGCGGUGUUCGUUGUUCAAACUGUUGUUGUUCCAAAUGUUGGUAGCGUGGUGCGGCGCCAAGCACGUCACGAUCGGUGACGUGCCCGAAUCGCGGCUCCGGGUUGAUGCUGAUGAUCAGGAUGUCCAGGAUAGCAUAAGAAACCUUGUACAUACUGGUAUCUACUCUCACCGGCACCUGGAUCCAUCACAAGUGCAAGUGGUGCACCCCGUGAAGGUGACCAGCGACGGCGCGCUGGUCUCACGAACCGUGCAACACGCUCACGAACACGGACAUGCGCGCGCGCGCCGCGACCUGCACGCCACCGAGCACUUACAACCACACUCCCUGCACUACAACCUCACCGUCGACGGCCGACCCAUCAGGCUAGACCUGCGGCCAUCGGUGACGUUCAUAACCCCAGCCAUGAUAAUAGAGAGACACGGCGCGAAUGAAAGGACGCGGCACCGACCCUCGCCAGAAGCUACAGCGUGCCACUACACCGGCUCCGUCAGAGGGCAGCCCACCUCCAGGGUCGCACUCUCUGCCUGCGAUGGACUUGCGGGUCUAUUGCAAACGGAACACGGAGAAUAUUGGAUAGAACCAUCCAACCAAAGGCCCGCUGAUAGCUCGGAAGGAAGGCCACACGUUAUUUUCAAAAGAUCAGCUGUAGACAAAGUAGCAGCUUUUCAUAGAGAAAAGAGAGCCGUAGAUGACAACACAAACCACAAUAACAACGAAAAUAAACUACAUGAAAAAGAUAAUACCCGAUACCCGAGACGAAAAGGAAACGGUAAAGGUAGUCACGAAAGUAAAGAAGAUAGGGAUCGACGUCGAAGAAAUUAUUUGGAAAAGAGACAAAAAGAAUUAGCAGCUAUGCGACGUAAUCCAGUAGAGUACAGAAGACAACACCCAAAUUUGAGAAUGGAAGAAAGAAGAAUGCAUUCCCAUUCGAAAAGCAAUUCCGUAGAAGGAAGCAUUUCAGGGGAACCGCGAUCGGUUGCACCAGGAAGAAGAAAUCACAACAACAAAACGAGUUUCGAAAGAAGGAUGCGGCGUUUAAAGAAUAGAAGGAAGAAAAGACAAACUAAGAAUUGCGCAACAAAACAGCCCUUACCUUAUCUGUGGAAGGAAAAAAAUUUACAGUCGGCCGAUAUGGAAGAGUUUAAAAAAGCUAGAAACGGCAAGCAUAACCGUCGCUACAACCACCACAAUAUGCCACGUCGUAUGGAAUAUGAUAACAGUAGGCGUUCCACUCGAUCAGUUAGUAAGCCGCGACACGUCGAAGUGCUAUUGGUAGCAGAUAGAUCUAUGUCAAAAUUCCACAAUCAGGAGAGUUUGGAAACUUACUUACUGACGAUUAUGAAUAUGGUAUCAUCGUUGUACAUGGACCCUUCAAUUGGUAACUAUAUUAAAGUGGUAGUCGUUAAAAUUAUUCUUGUGGAACACAUAAACGCGGCAGAGGAAUUGCAUGUGACGACAAAUGCGGACAUGACCCUCGCUUCGUUCUGCCGUUGGCAACAACAGUUGAACCCCGACGACGACACCAACCCUCACCAUCACGACGUGGCUAUCUUGGUCACCAGGGAAGAUAUCUGCAGCCAGCACGACACUCCUUGUAGCACCCUGGGCGUGGCUCACGUGGCCGGAAUGUGCAAGCCGGAUCGCAGCUGCUCCGUCAACGAGGACAACGGCAUCAUGCUUGCGCACACCAUCACGCAUGAGCUGGGACAUAACUUUGGUCUGUAUCAUGACACGGAAAAGAUCGGAUGCCAUCGGCGCGAAGGUUCGACUCUUCACAUCAUGACACCCAUCUUCGAAGCUGAUACUGUGCAAGUGGCCUGGUCCCGGUGCAGCAAGCGGGACGUCACCAACUUCUUAGACGCCGGUUUGGGAGAAUGUUUGAGCGACAAGCCUUCGCAAGAAGAAUAUUAUGAGUAUCCAGAAGUACCCGCUGGUGUCACAUUCGACGCGGACUCUCAAUGUCAUCUGCAGUUUGGAGCUGAAGCAGUGGUUUGUGCUAAGCCAUCGGAGCUAUGUGAACAUUUAUGGUGCCUAGUCAACAACACAUGCAAAACGAUGUUAAGAUCAGCCGCUCCUGGUACGACGUGCGGUCCAGAUAUGUGGUGUCAGAAUCAGACAUGCGUGCCACGGACGCCAUCGCCCGCGCCCCGCAACGGCGACUGGGGCCCGUGGAGCGAGUGGAGCGAAUGUUCGCGAACCUGCGGCGCCGGCGUGUCCACGCAGUCGCGUGAAUGCAACAAUCCUGAACCAUACAACAAUGGAAAUUAUUGUAUCGGAGACAGAAGCCGGUACAAAGUAUGCAACACCGAUCCGUGCCCUAUCAAUGAGCCUACGUUCAGGGAGGUGCAGUGUUCGAGACACAACAAUAUAACACAUGACAGAGAUGAUACGUACACCGAAUGGGUACCAUACUUCGAUCAAGAUAAGCCUUGCGACCUACUCUGCGUGCCACGUGACGGCAACGAAACAGAAAUGUUGGGCGGUUUUGUUGCUGACGGUACGCCGUGUAGGCAGACUGCGGGAUCGCGUGAUAUGUGCAUUGCUGGUGUUUGUUACAAAGUGGGAUGUGAUUGGAUAGUGAACUCUGACGCUGAGAAGGACGCGUGUGGCGUGUGCGGCGGAGACGGGUCGGCUUGCAAGACUGUACAGGGCAUUUAUAACAAGGGAACUACUAGACAAUCUGGAUUUAGUGAGGUUGCAGUGAUACCCGCAGGAUCAAGGAACGUAAAAAUACAAGAAAAAGUCAGUCCAGGAAACUAUAUUUCUAUUGCAAGUGCAAAAUCUAAGAAAAUGUAUCUAAAUGGAGCUAGAAACGCUACGCUGACAGAAUACUUCGUGGCGGGAGCUCAGGCGAUAUACGAACGAGAUCGUGAUUGGGAAAAAGUCCGGAUAUCGGGACCUAUCAGUGAAGACAUUAAAGUUUAUCAACGGAUAUUCCGAGGCAGGCAUCGCAACCCAGGCGUCGCUUACCAGUAUACGGUAGACCGGCAACAACUACAGAACCAGUUCAGUUACCGCCUGUCGGACUGGACUCCGUGCUCGGUCACUUGCGGCAUCGGCUACACCAGACGAUACUACGAAUGCGUUGACUCAAAGAGACGUGUAGUGGAGCAGUCGCAGUGCUACCACAUCGAGUCGCCGCGGCACGACGCAUUGAUGCAGCGCUGCCGGCAGCCCGCGUGUCCGCCCGCGCCGGCCCCCAAGUACACGCACUGGUGGGUCGGCGCCUGGUCUCCUUGCUCUAAGCCCUGCCAUAUGCCGGGCGAGCAAGCAACGAAACAACGCAACGUGUACUGCGUCGACAAACUAACUUACAAAGUGGUGGAAGAUUUCAAAUGCGAUCUGGCGAGCAAACCGAUAACGACGAUAAUUUGCGCGGACAUACCCGCCUGCUAACUACCUACACACGAGUCAUACGGAUCAUCGACUAACGGUUUUAUCAAACUAAACGUGUGAAGGAAAAUUUCAGAAAUGAGAUUAUCGACACGUGCGUAUAGCACUCAUAAAAAUGCAAAACUUAUAAAAUCCAUUUGGAUGGUGUUUUGCAUACAUUACCUACUUCGAAGUAAGUAAUCGCAAAUACGGCGGCGACAUAUCGAACUUGGCGUGGCAUUAGAGUGCGUUUGACGGAGGUGCAAGUGAAGUGACAUAAUAAAGUGAAACGAGACGCUUUAAAGAGAGAUGAAUGCAGUGGAAUAGUAGAGUUUGUGACUGAGAGCAAGUGUACUUGUUACGUUAUGCAAUAAUAAAGUAACCCAUCGAAUAGACAUUAUUCACUUACGCGUAAGUACUCGAAUAGUAUCACUUAGUAGUGACGUGCGAAUCUCGCAAGUACACGAGGCAAUGCUCUGCGAUUACCACUUACUGCCAUAUUAUAUAAGUUACUUCUAGUUUUAACAUAGUCUCUGCUUAGUUAUUAACAACUAAUCAAUAAUGUUUUAUAUUCUUUAACAUCAGUAUUAAAGUGGUGUAUGUAUUUCUUUUAUGCAAAAUGUGAGUAUAAGUUGAUAUUGGGGCCAAUUCAUGUAAAUAUGGCUACAAAUUAAAACAUAAAAUAAAUUACAUAAUAGUUGCCGAGACAACUUUACGUUUGACAGAACUUGAUGUUUAAAAUCUAUCGCUGUCACUGCCUCACGAAUUGACCCCAGUAAGAAAUUUUUGGACCAAAAAUAUAUUAGAAAUCAAAUUCACGUUGCCAUAAUCACGUUUACUGCCAAUAUGACACUUGUAUGAUAUAAGUAAGUCUAGAUAUUACUGUGUGUAUGUCUAUCGAUUCAUAUUUUUGUACAAAUGAAUUAUUGUUUUCGCAAUCACUAUCAUAACUAUACCAUGUCCUUUCAUACAAACAAAAACAUUCGUUGAAUCACAUAAAUAUAUGAGAAUUGAAAUGAACCACCUAGUCAAACCCUAAUUUGAAUCACUUAGCAAUGUGCAGGAUUAUUACAUUUCUAACUUUAAUCUAUACUCCUAUAAUGUAUCGUGUCUAGGUGCCUCUGUAGAAUGCUAAUUCGACUAAUAAAUAAUAAUUUGUAUGUAUAAAAAUAAUGAAUUUAUACAAUUCAGCCUCGGCUAAAAAUGUACCGAAAAUAUUUAUUGUUUUAUUUUUAAGAUGAAUCAUUCGUGUCCUUAGUCCUUACAACUUUGUGACUAUGCAUAAUUAAAAACAGUUAUUAGAUAAUAAAAACUAUUUAUAUCAUAUUUACUAUAAGUUGGUAAUCACUGUAAAUGAGUUUAUUGUGUUUUAACUGAUGUUUCGGUUCUAAGAUGCGUCAGUGAACAAAUGUCGAUCAAUUGAUACACAAUUUUAAUUAUACAAUGUUCUCAAGUGUAUCGAUAAAGGGCAGACGAAACAAAUUUAAGAUAAUAGUUUAUCUCAGGAAUUUUUUUUUACCUGGAGGAACAAUAUUAUUGAAAAUUAUAUUAAUAAUAUAUUUUGUUUAUUGUCAUUGAAAUAAUUAAACUGUUCAUUAUCGAUACCAUUGAAACAACAUUGUAUAGAGCUUUUUAAAACUAACACUAAGCUACGCGAGAAUUGUAUCUAAAUAAAAAAUGAAUUUUAUUACGUUUUUAGUAAAGUAUCACAUUGAAUAUAUUCAAUUAUAAUUGUGUAUGUAAUUAGAUAUGGCAAUAAAAUCGUGCAUUGUUUUA